AUGCCGAGACAAGUCAUGAAGAGGGGUGGUACCUCACGGAUCACUCAGGCUGCAACAGCUACCAAAGGUGAACCUGCCAAGCAAACCAAACUCCUUGCUCUCUGGGAGCACGAAGGAGAGAUUCCUGAAGGCUACUACGACCACUUGACCAUGGAUCAGAUGUACGUGCAAGGACUCGUCCUCCGCCCCGGCGAAAUAGACGCCACAGAGGCAUCCACAAUCCAUAAGCUCACGAAGGAGCUGGAGAGCAAGACCCAGGAAGGCAAGAGCCUGAACGGAACCAUCGCAAAGAUGAAGAAAGAAUCGACCAAGAACCAGAAACUGAUCCUUCGUGCCCUCGACAGCAUGGAAAAGUCGCGCAAGUUCAAGGCCCAGAUCAUGGAGGCGGCCGUGCCGAUCAUGGUUGUGCAGAUGACGUAUCGUUGGGCGCUCGAGCGUGACGAUCUGGACGGCGGACCUGCGGCCGGUACUGAGCUUGAGAUGACGUUUUCGGAUCAGUUGAAGGAUGCGUUUGAGGAGCAGGAGUGGCUUACUAUCGAACAAGAUGCGAAGAAGCAGUUUGAUGAGCUCGUGUGCGAGACGAAGGAUGCUGAUACGCGUAUGGAGAGUGACGACGAGGACGCUGAGAGUAAUGCUACAUUCGAGUCGGCGCAGGAAGGUGAAGACAGUACGCUGGUGGCCGAUGAUGCUCAGGAUGAUGCUCUUCUGCUCGAGCAUGAGGACCUCGACGGAGAAAAUGUAGAUGAGCACGACUCUGUGGAAAUCGAGAACCUAGAGUCCAAGGAGAAACCGGCACCCAGUUCAGCAGAGAACAUCUCGGGUCCCGCAACUUCAGACGUAGAACCCCUAGCUAAAGACUCAAGCAUGGGACGCGACACAGAAAUGUCUGACGUAACCUCGUCCAAGAGACCAGCCUCUGAGAUGGAGUUGAGUGCCACCGAUGGAGCUAGGACUAGAGCCAAGUCAGCUCGUCUCAGCAGCAUGGGUAAGAAAAUCGUAGACAGCCCGGAGAAUACUCAAGCCAAAGCGGCGACUCCUACACAUCUCAAAACACCAGACAUCGCAGGUGACGUACACCAGACGACUCCACACCGACCAAUGAGCGAAGAGGAAGUCGAGCAAGCACUCUCUGCAGACCGCUUUACCUUCCUCCCCAUCCCGACCGGCAUGCUGUCCACCGAAAAGAGCGACGGCUACCCCAUGUCCGACGGUAUCCUCCUCGGCACCAUCGUGCACAAGGGCAAGUCGGAGAGGAUCUACGUCCACUACGUUGACGCCAAGAAGCUACUGAUGAAGUAUCGCACCGAGAGCGGCCAGAGUGUCAGCAUGGAGAAGAAUCUGUGCAAGGUCACCUGGGUGCAGCCUUGGUCUGUGUUCGUCGGCGAAGAUAUCACUGGCAAUACCACUAUGACCAUGUUCCGUGCUGUGGCGCUGGAGGUCUUUAUGAGGAGGGACAAGUCGAAGAAGAAGCUGCUCAACACCGAUUCCAUGCGGAGACAGUUCCAGAAGGACUUGCUCUGUGCGAAGAAGAAGCUGGAGUGUGGGUCGGGUAGGAUUCGUGAUUGGUGA